AUUUCCUCUUACUUUAACAUUAUCGAAAUUCAUGUACUAAUUGCAAAGUUAAAUUUCUUUGGACAUUGACUUUAAUUACUCUUAAUUCCUCUUUUUAUCAAUAGAUUAGAUUAGAAACAAAACAGUCUAGGAUUGUUUAGUCGUAUAAACAACUUAGUUUCAAGCGCUGCAAAUGAAAUAAAUCUUAUAAUUAAGACAAAUUCUUAAGCGUUGCACAAGUUUCCAGAGAAAGUGUAAUGUGAACAACAAAAAAAAAACUCGUAUCUGCAAUCGCUGCGCGCACUGUCUCGUUAUAUAAUCGAUUGUCGUUUGCUCUUAUCGACAGAAUAAUUAGUUGGAAACCAACUGUUGGAGAAUCCAUCAAGCCGCAAUUCAGUUCCAAUUGUGGCCGAGAUCUUUCCCACAUUAAGUUUUUCCGUGCGUUAACGUGUGCUGUGUGUGUUUUUUUAAUACAUAGUUGUAUAGUAAUAGAGAAACUAGUGCUAAAUUCGUAAAUGCCUGUUAAGCAAUGGUUGCUCCUGGUGGUAGAAUGGGUCCGGCUGAUAAGUGUAGAGCCGACGAUGAUGCUCUACAUGAUGGCUUUCAUGCUCACCUCGGUGGUAGAACAAGCGCUGUUCGUGGAUAAAGCCUGCAGAUCGAACCACAACUUCACCGCGGAGAUCUGUGAUAAUCUCAAUGCAUACGAAGACCAGAAGAAGAUAGUACAAGUGACGGUGUCGGAGUUCCAUCAGUGGAAUGAUAUCGCCGGACACGUGGUGCCCAUUUUUUUGGCUCUUUUCAUGGGCGCUUGGUCUGAUAAAAGAGGACGAAAGAUUCCGCUGCUUCUAGGUUUAAUUGGUAAAUUCAUUUACUCGGGGAUGGUCGUAGUUAACACCCUGAAGCCAGAUUGGAACGUGGAGUACAUCAUCUACACCGCUACCAUUCCCAUGGCUUUCACCGGAGCGGACGUAGCGAUCUUCGCUGCGGCAUUUUCAUAUUUAUCCGACGUUUCUUCAUCCGAUAGCCGUACUUUAAGAGUUACCAUUCUGGAAGUGUGUUAUUUAGCUACAAUGCCAACUGGCAUUGCUUUAGGUUCCUAUUUGUUCACCCAAGUCACCAAUCGUUCGUACACCAUCAUGUUCAGCAUCAAUGCAUCUCUCCUGCUCUUAUCCAUCUUAUACACCAGUAUUUUCUUGAAGUGGAGGACGAACGAUCGACAACGUCCUCUGAGCGAGGCUUCGAACGUGAUCACCGAUUUCUUUGAUUGGAAUCACGUUAUUGAGACGUUCAGGACGUUACUGAAGAAACGUCCUGAAAACAAGCGCUCUUACCUGAUCCUUUUAAUUCUGGCGAUUGGUUUCUACUCCUUCCAGAGGGAUGAGAAGCAGAUGAGCUAUCUGUACCUGCAGCUAGUGCUCGGUUGGAUCUUCGAGCAGGUCAGCAAGUUCCGCACUUACCAAAGUGCGUUGCAGGACGUCGUCCUGUUAACAGCUAUACCUUUGAUGACCAAAGUUUUCGGAUGGCGCGAUACCACCAUCAUGAUCAUAGGUUCCAGCUGUCACAGCAUAGCUAGGAUCUUCUUCGCUGCUGCCAGAGUGGACUGGCUAAUUUAUUUUGGCGGAUUCUUUGGUGCUUUCGGUCCUAUCGUGGCCCCUGUUAUAAGAUCGAUGGUUUCGAAAUUGGUUUCUAACAACGAGCGCGGCAAAGCCUUCUCCUUGUUGUCAGUAACCGAUAACGCUAUACCUUUAUUCUCUGGCAUAGCCUACAAUCAGGUGUACCAGGCCACCAUCCACACCAAUCCGGAAGCUAUAUUCUACGUAACCAUAACAACGCAGGUGCUAGUAUUAUUGAUCGGCUGUUACAUCCAUAUCCGUUUGAGAAGCAACAGCUUGAACACGUACGAGAUCGAAGACAUUAACAAUGAUGACAAGACAUAAUUUGUUUCAUAAAAAAAACUUUUCCAAAAUACUUUUAAUGAUUAUCAAAAAAA